AUGCGGGCUGGAGUGCUCCUGCGAGCUGCCGCCGCCGCAGCUGCCUGCCUCGCGCUCUCGCUGCCCGCCGGCGUCUCCGCCCGAGGCUACACGGGGGGCAGGAAGAAGCCCGUUCCCUUCGCGGCCGAGAGACGCCGCCUGGGACCCCAUGUUUGCCUCUCAGGGUUUGGAAGCGGAUGCUGCCCUGGCUGGGUGCCCUCCCUGGGCAGUGGACAGUGUACUCUCCCCCUGUGCUCCUUUGGCUGUGGCAGCGGCUUCUGCAUCGCUCCUAAUGUCUGCUCCUGUAGGGAUGGAGAGCAAGGCAUCACCUGCCCAGAAGCCCCUGGACCAUGUGGUGAGUAUGGUUGUGACUUGGCCUGUAACCAUGGCGGCUGUCAGGAGGUAGCCCGCGUAUGCCCGGUGGGGUUCUCCAUGAUAGAAACAGCCAUUGGCGUCAAAUGUACAGACAUUGAUGAAUGCUUAAGCUCCUCCUGCGAGGGCCUCUGUGUGAACACGGAAGGAGGGUUUGUGUGUGAGUGUGGGCCAGGUAUGCAGCUUUCUGCUGACCGACACAGCUGCCAGGACACCGAUGAGUGCAUGGGGGUCCCGUGUCAGCAGAGCUGCCAGAACAGCAUCGGCAGCUAUAGGUGCUCCUGCCGAACAGGCUUCUACCUCCAUGGUAACCGGCACUCCUGCGUAGAUGUGAAUGAGUGUCGCCGACCCCCAGAGAGGCGCGUCUGUCAUCACUCCUGCCAGAAUACCAUGGGGAGCUUCCGCUGCGCCUGCCGGGCCGGCUUCCGCCUCAGCGCAGACAGGACAUCCUGUGAAGCGUUUCCGAAGGCUGUGCUUGCCCCAUCGGGCAUCCUCCAAUCUCUCCAGCACCCCCCAAAGAUGCUGUUGCUCUUUCCGGAGUCUGGCCUGCCCGCCCUGCCUCCUGGCCAUGGCCCUCCUUCUCGGGCACCUGGCCCCCCACCAGUAAUCAAAACGACUCCUUUCCUGAUGCUGACCUCGGCACUGCCAGCCUCCUCCACCUCUGCCCGGUCCCUGACGUCCUCAGCUCCAGUGGCCACCCCAUCUCCCAGUUCCUCCUCCCAGGGAAGAAUGGUGAAGCCAUCGAUCCUGGCAGGACUGCUGCCCCCUUCGCUCUUGCACGGCGAGGCAGUGAGGACCCCUUCCCCUCCCAGGGGCCCCUCGACCUCUCGGCCUUCGCUGGUGCCGUCCCCUUGCGGGCACCAAGGAACUGCCCGUGAGCACGGGAGCCACUGGACUGAGCCUGGCUGUUUGCACUGUGGGUGCCAGGACGGCGAGGUGACCUGUGAGAAAGUGAGGUGUAAAGCCGCCUGUUCUCACCCGCUGCUGCCCUCCCGAGAUGGUGGGUGCUGUCCCGAUUGUUCAGGUUGUUUUUAUGACGGUUUACCCAGAGCCGAAGGGGACGUGUUCUCCCUUCCCAAUGAGAACUGCACUGUCUGUGUCUGUCUCGCCGGGAACGUAUCAUGCAUCACCCCCGAGUGUCCUCCUGGUCCUUGCCUGACCCCUCCACAAUCUGACUGCUGCCCCUGCGUUCCAGUGAGAUGCUAUUUUCAUGGCCAAUUUUACCCGGAAGGGGCUGAGUUCAGCGGGGAUGGGGAUGAAUGUACCACCUGUGUCUGCCAGAAUGGGGAAGUCCAGUGUUCCUUCAUGCCUUGCCCAGAGCUGGACUGUCCAAGAGAGGAGUGGCAGUUGGGACCAGGCCAAUGCUGCUUCACCUGCCGAGAGCCCACACCAGUGUCAGGCUGCUCUCUGGAUGACAAUGGAAUUGAAUUUCCCAUUGGACAGAUCUGGUCCCCUGGUGAUCCCUGUGAGUUAUGCAUUUGCCAGGCAGAUGGUUCUGUGAGCUGUGAGAGGACCGACUGCGUGGAGACCUGUCCUCACCCUAUUCGGAUCCCAGGACAGUGCUGCCCCGACUGCUCGGCAGGUUGCACGUACACGGGAAGAAUAUUCUACAACAACGAAACCUUCCCUUCUGUGCUGGAUCCUUGUCUCAGCUGCAUCUGCCUGCUGGGCUCCGUGGCCUGCUCUCCCGUGGACUGCCUCAUUUCCUGUACCUACCCAUUCCACCCUGAGGGAGAGUGCUGCCCUGUCUGCCAAGACUGUAACUAUGAGGGCAGGAAGGUGGGCAACGGACAGGUGUUCUUGCUGGAGAACGAGCCCUGUAUUCGCUGUAUCUGCCAGGUGAAGGGUGCCCGUCAAGGGGAGAGGGCCUGCCGGAGAUGUUCCUGGCCCGUUCCUCCUUCCUCAGACCUUUUUAUGUCUCUCCCCCCAAAAGCUGUUGGCCCUUUGCCCUCCUCGUUCCCUUUUGGGGGGACCCAGAAUGACAGGAGGUGAUUGAUUUAAAAUGGAUCGUAGAUUUCAGAGCUAGAAGGGAGCUCCGAGGUCAUCUAGACCAACUGCCUCAUUUUACAGAUGAGGAAACUGAGGCCCGCUGUGAGGAGGCAGCUUGCCCCAAGGUCCUAAGGUAGUUUCUGGUGGCUCAGUGGAUAGAGCGCUGGAUUUGGAAUA